AUGGAUCGUGAUAGCAGAAUCAUCACCCCCCGCGAGGUGGAGGGCAUGAUUGCAGAUGGACGCACAAUCGUCAUUCUUGACGAAAUGGUUCUUCGCCUCGACGGGUGGAUGGGCAAGCAUCCUGGUGGCCAGUUGGCUAUCCUGCACAUGGUUGGAAGAGAUGCGACCGACGAGAUCAAAGUGUAA